UGUCGCCUGUGUUGACAAACAUUUAUUCUCUCACUAGGGCGGUGGACUCCUAAAAGGCCACUAGAUAAACUGUUACAGAUUUACUGAUGAUAUAGGACUUAUUAAUGUGUAUUAAAUGCCAGUAUGGGUAGCUGCUUGACUGUUGGACCGAAUGAAGCGCUCGUUGUAUCAGGUGCCUGUUUUGAGUCUGAUGAGAAGAUAUAUGUGGUGGGAGGCUGGGCGUGGGCAUGGUGGCUUAUAUCUGACACUCAAAGAAUUACACUCGAGAUAAUGACAUUACAGCCAAAGUGUGAAGAUGUGGAGACAGCCGAGGGAGUUGCUAUCACAGUUACAGGGGUUGCUCAAGUCAAGGUUAUGACUGACCAUGACUUGCUGGCUGUUGCCUGUGAGCAGUUUCUGGGAAAGUCUGUCAUGGAAAUCAAAGGUGUUGUCCUGCAAACCCUGGAGGGACAUUUACGUUCAAUCUUAGGUACCUUAACUGUGGAGCAAAUCUACCAGGACAGAGAUCAGUUUGCUCAACUGGUGAGGGAAGUCGCAGCUCCUGAUGUGGGUCGAAUGGGCAUUGAGAUCCUGAGCUUCACAAUUAAAGAUGUGUAUGAUAAGCUUGACUACCUGAGCGCUCUUGGGAAGACGCAAACGGCGGCUGUCCAAAGGGACGCGGACAUCGGGGUGGCCGAGGCAGAAAGAGAUGCAGGGAUUAGAGAAGCUGAAAUGAAGAAAGAAAUGAUGGACGUCAAGUUCUUGGCAGACACUAAAAUGGCCGACUCCAAGCGAGAGUUGGAGCUGCAGAAAGCUGCUUUCAAUCAAGAAGUGGACACUAAGAAAGCCGAAGCACAGCUGGCCUAUGAACUGCAGGCAGCUAAAGAGCAGCAGAAGAUCCGAUUGGAGGAGAUUGAGAUUGAGGUGGUACAGAGGAAAAAGCAGAUCACCAUUGAGGAGAAAGAAAUUGAAAGGACAGAGAUGGAGCUGAUCGCUACGGUUAAACGCCCUGCUGAGGCUGAGGCCUACAAGAUGCAGCAGCUGGCAGAAGGACGGAAGUUGAAGAAAAUUCUGUAUGCUCAGGCAGAGGCAGAGAAGACCAAGAAGAUUGGAGAGGCAGAGGCCAGCUCUAUCUCAUCUGUGGGAAAAGCCGAGGCAGAGAGAAUGAGGCUGAAGGCAGAGGCCUACCAGCAGUACGGAGAUGCUGCCAAGACUGCCCUCAUCCUAGAAGCACUGCCCAAGAUCACUGCCAAGGUGUCAGCUCCUCUGGCCAAGACCAAUGAGAUUGUUAUUCUGAGUGAGGAGGGCAGCCAUGUGACUGGGGAAGUGAACCGUCUCCUGGCUGAGCUGCCCAUGUCUGUUAAUGCACUUCCAGGUGUUGACCUGUCCAAGAUCCCCCUUUUGCAGAAGUUGACAGAAGCUCAAGCAUGAAACCAAUCAGUCCUGUCUCUUCCAUGGUAUGUUUUAUGCACUCACUGAAACUACCUUUAUACUUGGAAGAGAUUUUUUUAAAUUAAAUACAAAAACAAAACAAAAAACAAACAUUUAGAUUUUUGAUACCUCUGGUGCCUUAAUGUUUUAUAGGACCAGAAUAUCUGCAUGCACUGCUGCUCCCACAUUCCACAAUCUUUUUAUUUUUACAUCAUUUGGAAUCAUUGUCCCAUAUGUCAUAUAUGAGAAAAUGUAGUAGCCUGUUUUUUUUUUUUUUUGUUUUAUUUUACUUUUUUUGUGUCAUAGUACUAAAUUAUCAUUUUAACCUAUCACAAGACCUUUUUCAUCUUUACACUAAAGUGACACUUUAACACUUCAUCUGGUGAGUCAGCUUUAGAUUACAAUCAAAUUUUUUCCCCCUCCAAAUUCUGUCACUACUUUUUAAUUAGUUGUAGGACAUAUGUCUACUGUAGCUACUGAUCCUGGCAUGAUUAAUAACAUUCAAGAAGCCAUUGAUCUUGUAGGCUGCAGUGUAGCAAGUAGCAUUUUAAUGGACUGAGCUCUCUGGCAAUAGCAUUACGGGUAAUUAUCGGUGUCAUCUUAGAGUCUGACAAGCACUUCUCUUACUUUUAAAUGUUACAGGCACAUAGAUAGACAUGGCCUUUAAAACCAAAUUAGCUACUGAUUUUUAUGUAUGUUUUCUGAGCUCAUCAAUAGUUCAGAUCACUCUUUGGUACUAUUUUUGCCUGUACAUUUGUAUGAUAUUGGAAUGUAUACGUGUUUUGUUUUGUUUAAUUUAUAAUCCUCUUUUGGACUAUUGUAGGAAAAAAUUAGUUUAGUCCAUUUUUAGCAUGAAGAGCAAAGACUUUAUUUGUAAUUUAGUUUUGAAGAAAUGUGUCACUUGUUGUUAGUAGACUCUGUCUAGAUAUCUGACCAAUUCAGUGCGAACAAGUUUCAUGUGAACAGAGUUGAGUCUCUUUUAAGAUAGUUUUGUAUCGUUGAGCCAUACAUUACAAAAUCUUUUCUAAAAUAUUAACACUAGUUACACAAGUUACUGUAAAUGAUAAAUAUCUGAGAAAUUGAAAUCACCCUUUAUCGACCAUACCGUCCUGUUCUGUGGUAGUUUAUUUAAUUUGUGUACUUCUUUGUCACUGUGAAAGUUACAUUACCUUGUUUUCCUUUUUUGGUCAUAAGUGAAUGACAAAUUGCAAUAGAGAUUUGUUAUAUGUUCCUUUAUUCUGCUGUGUUAAGUAGUGCUUUGAAAGAGGGGCAGUGACUUUUCCUUGUGUUUAUUUCUCACACUAAUGAAAACACCAAGCGAUAAAGCUAAGAGAUCACACUCAUUUUUGUGAAAUUAAGAAUUAGUUCAUAGUAGUAAACUGUUGUUUCGAUUUGCUUUAUAAAAAUAUGCUUGACUUAAUUUGUGUUCUCAUUGAAAAAGAGAUAAAGGGAUAGUUCACUCAAAAAUGAAAAUUAUCUCAUCAUUUAUUCACUUUCAUGCCAUCCCAGAUGUGUAUGACUUUCUUUCUUCAGCAGAACACAAACAAAGAUUUUUAGAAGAAUAUCUCAGCUCUGUAGAUCCAUAAAAUGCAAGUGAAUGGCGGCCAGAACUUUGAAGCACCAAAAAUCUAUAAACUAUAAAUCUACAGCCCUGGCUAUAUACAUGAAUAAUGCAAAUCGCCAAAAAGUAAAAGAAGAAGAAUGUGAAAGUGGAGAUUGAUAGAAAGAACAGACUUAAAUAUGUAUCUGUUUCUCACCCACACCUAUUAUAUCACUUCAGAAGAUAUAGAUUUAACCACUGGAGUCUUAUGGAUUACUUUUAUGCUGCCUUUAUGGACUUUUUGGAGAUUUUAUGUUCUGUCCACCAUUCACUUCCAUUGUAUGGACCAACAGAGCUGAAAUUCUAAAAUUCUCUGUUUGUGUUCAGCAGAAAAAAGAAAGUCAUACACAUCUGGGAUCAUGGUAUGGAGGUGAGAAAAUGAUGAGAGAAUUUUCAUUUUUGGGUGAACUUUCCCUUUAACACAAUUUAGCUUUUGUUUAAUUGUGUAUUUAAAUUAUCUCGUAACUCUGUUUGGAGGAUUUUGAUAUGUUUGACUUAAGAACUGUUUACGCCAUGUGAGAUUUAACUAACUAGCAUUAGAACAUCAGAGACUGUUCAGUUCAUGUGCUUUGUAUGGCAUCGCUAAUGAGAUGUCCUGUAUUACUGUGUAUUGGAUAAACAUUAUAGGAAUCCUAAAACUGUAUGGCAGGAUAAAGGUGAGAUAUACUUUUGCUUUAAUGGGUUAAAUAAAAUACAAACAAACCCAAAAUAUGCCAUUGACAAUAUGGGGAGAAUUUGUUAGUUUUAUACAUACUGUUUACACCUAUUUAAAUCAGCAUGUUAAGGUGCAUGUACUUCCAAAUGUAAUAAAUGUAAUGUGAACAUG